UCAAUCUUGUCUCCUCAUGUGAUGCUUGGAAGCAAAGCCGCUAGCUUACAUUACUUCAUCCAACCUCUAGCGUCUCUUAACACUCUCUCCUUGCAUGGCUACUCCUCCUCUUAGGGUUUCUGCUUCUUCCUUCACCACCAGCCCGCCGCCGACGCGUGUGGGCACCCACAACGGCUCCUUUCACUGUGAUGAGGCCCUCGGCUGCUUCAUGAUUCACCUCACCAACAAGUUCUCCAACGCCGAGAUCAUCCGCACCAGAGACCUCCAGGUGCUGGAGGGCCUCGAUGCUGUGCUUGAUGUCGGGGGUGUGUAUGAUCCGAGUAGAGACCGGUAUGAUCAUCACCAGAAAGGUUUCGAGGAAGUAUUUGGGCAUGGGUUUUCCACCAAGCUCAGCAGUGCUGGUUUGGUCUACAAGCAUUUUGGGAAGGAGAUAAUAGCUAAGGAGCUUCGGGUCGAUGAAAACCACCCGGACGUGCACCGGCUGUAUCUUGCUGUGUAUAAAAGCUUCGUGGAGGCAAUUGAUGCUAUCGAUAACGGAAUAAGUCAGUAUGACACCGACCAGCCUCCAAGAUAUGUGGAUCAGACGCAUCUGUCUGCAAGAGUUGCAAAACUGAAUCCGGAUUGGAUUGACCCCAAUCAGUCUUCGGAGAAUGAGAAUGAGGCAUUUCAACGAGCUAUGUCCUUGGCCGGCGGUGAAUUUUUAGAUAGUGUUCGAUAUCAUGCAAUGUCGUGGUUACCCGCAAGAUCCAUUGUAAUGGAGUGUCUUGAAGCUAGACAUGGUAUUGACUCAAGUGGAGAAAUUGUGCUCCUAAAACAGUUUUGUCCGUGGAGGCUUCAUUUGUUUGAGCUCGAGGAGGAGAUGAAAAUCGAAUCUUCCAUCAAAUAUGCUCUUUAUCAGGAUAAUCAGAGCAAAGACUGGCUGGUGCAAGCAGUUGGGGUGACUCCCAACAGCUUCGAAAGCCGGAAGGCUCUUCCAGCUCCAUGGCGUGGUCUGACGGAUGACAAGCUCUCCGAAGAGUCAGGCAUCCCUGGCUGUAAAUUCUGCCACGCGAGUGGGUUCCUUGGCGUGAAUCAUACUUAUGAGGGCGCUCUUGCGAUGGCCAGAGCUGGUUUAAAGCUCUAAGCGGAAAGAAGACUGGAACUGCUAUUUUGUUGGAAGCAAGUUUAUUAGAGCGUUGUGUUAGCUAUAUCUGUGCUCGUCUUGAGUUGCCAUGUUCUAAUAGCCUAUAAAUGCAUGCAAAAUGAUGAAACAGCUGGUGAUGCAAGUAGCACUCUAAGUUGGUUAAUAAUGGAUGCAACUUUGGAGCUGCAUGUUUUGUUGCUACAGCUGCACUUGUGUCACCAUUGCAGCCUCUGGUGGUUUGGUAUCUUAUAAUAAGUACUUUGGGAGUGUUUGUUUCGCGAAAAGCAUUCGCAGAAAAUGUCUUGAUUGAGGAAGAUGUUAUUCGUGAAUUGAUUUUCAGUUGUUUAGCAUUUGUCACUUUUUGGUUUUGAUGUCCGGUAUGUG